AUGGUAUCUUCAGCAUUCCAAGACCUGACUGGGAAAGUCGCUCUCGUGACAGGAUCGAGUCGAGGAAUCGGAGCUGCAACCGCUCUGCGACUAGCUCAGCGCGGCGCCAGUGUUGCUGUGAACUAUUUCACCUCUGCUCAGGCUGCAGAGGAUGUUGCAGAGCACAUUCGAUCAUGUGGCGUCAAAGCGAUUCUCGUCAAGGCGGAUGUGUCCCAGGAGGCAGAUAUCAAACUCCUUUUCCAGACGGUCGUCGAUGAGCUUGGACGUAUAGAUGUUGUGUUCAGCAAUUCAGGUAUAGAGCACUUUGGUGCUCUUCCUGCCGUGGCUGGGGAAGAAAUUGACCACGUCUUUGCGGUCAAUGUCAAAGCACAAUUCUUUGUUGCUCAGCAAUCCCACAAGCAUAUGGCUGAUCACGGUCGGUUGAUUUUGAUGUCCUCGGUUUCCGCCCAGAAGGGUUUUCCGGGACAUGCGAUUUACGCGGCCUCAAAGGCUGCAAUCCAAGGCAUGGUCAGAUGUCUUGCUUUUGACUUCGGGUCUCGCAACAUCACUGUUAAUGCCAUCGCACCUGGAGGUGUAAAGACUGAUAUGUACAAGGAGGCUGCAGCCAAAUAUUUUCCCGGUGGUGAAGAUAUGACGGAAGCUGAGAUUGAUGACAGUGUCUCCAAAUGGUCACCGCUGGGUAGACCUGGGAUUCCAGAAGAUAUCUCCGGAGUGGUUGCUUUGUUGGCCAGUGCCGAUUCACAAUGGCUAACAGGCCAAACAUUCCAAGUUUCCGGUGGGGCUUAUAUGGUGUAA